GCCUGCAAUAACAUCCAUACAUUAGUUAAUGAAGAAAGCAGAGAAACGAAUGGUUGAAGGAAGAGUUUUGUAGCUGAUGGCUACCUCAUGUAGGGCGCAUCUGCACUGUAGAAUUAAUCCAGUUUAAUACCACUCAAUGCUCAAUGUUAUGGCGUUCAGGGAGUUGUAGUUUGGGAAGGCACCAGCCCUCUCUAGUAGAGAAGGAAACGGACCUUGUAAAACCGCAGCUGACCUGAAGGUUGCCGGUUCGAAUCCACGAGACAAGACGGGGUGAGCUCCCAUCUGUCAGCUCUAGCUUGCGGGGACAUGAGAGAAGCCUCCCAGCAGGAUGCCUCGAUCACAUAAAGCAAAGAUAUGUAUGUGGAAAUAUUUAGAUGUUCACAGCAUGGAUCUCAUCAAUGCGGCUAAGACCACUGAUAGUCUGAAGAGCCUCCUUGCUGAACUCUUACAUCUCCAGGACUUUGAAUCCAAUCCUCGCUCUGCCAUCUUACUAGAUCUGUACUUCUACACCAUUCAGUUCAGUAGGGAGCAGGGUUUCAACCGGGAACAGACCUCGACCUUCUUCUCAAUUGUGAAGGAUGUACAUGAGGCCUGCGUGGAAACACCACUGCCCAAUGUGGAGGAGUGCUACAGCUAUUUCAAGGAACUAGUUUUCUGCCACUCCAUUCGGAGGCCCCCUUUCAGCAUUGAUCUCUUUAAUCAAGACCACCUGGUGCUCAUAACAGACUAUAUGAUCAACACUUACUUCCGACACUUCAAACUUUACAAAUAUGUCUUCACUCCACAGGUGAGGUUGGACAUAUCCUUUACUUAUCUUGGGAUGCCCGAACCAGAGCCCAAAGAGGAAGAAGCAGCAGCUGAGAGUUUAGGCUUGUCACCUGUGCCAGAGGAAGCAGAGGAGACACCUGUGCAGGAAGAAAGUCCCACUGCUGCCUUGAGGGAGUACAUUGCAACCCAACUCAACCAGGAGCUUGCCCAGCUGCGCAUUUCAGUAGAAGAGCGCUUAAAGACAACAGAGGAGCAGUUUGCUGCCAAACUGAUACAACUGGAGAAGGGCCCCAGUGCUCGCAAAGCGAGCACCAAGGGCAAGAAGAAAUGAGCUGCAUGGGGAAUGAGAGAAAAAAAUGGGAUUAGACCUUCCCUUUGAAGGCCCUGCAAGGAGCUUAAGAAUUUCAUUUCUGAAGUUUCUCGAGAAUCAGAGAUGGAGGUUGUGAUGAUCACUAAUAUUUGAUAGAACAGCAGCAGGAAUCGCCUGGUGGUUCUCUAGAUGUUGUGGGACUGAAAUUCCCAUAAUUCCUCACUAUUAGCUAUGCCAGCUAAGGUAGAUGGGUUGUAAAUCCAACAUCAUUUGGAGUGCUGCACUUUGUCCUUCCUUGAAUGUGUUAGCUUUUAAGAGUGUGUUGUUAUUUACACAAAGCUAUUGCAGAGAUAUUCCUAAGAGACUGAGUUUGCUAUGAAAUCUUAAAGCAAUAAAGAGCAUCCCAAGUAA